AUGGCAUACACGGAAGAGGAGGAUAGGAUAGAAAAUAGAGUGAGCUAUAAAGAAGCAAAGCGAGCAGAAAAGAAAGCGGUAACGGAGGCAAAAAACCGUGCUUAUAAGGAUUUUUUUCGGAAGCUUGAUACUAAAGAGGGGGAAAAGCAGAUUUUUAAGUUGGCAAGGACUAGGUCCGAGCAGCGACAAUACUCAGAGGCAGUGAAAUACAUCAAGGAUGAAGGAGGACGAGUCCUCUUGAGACAAGAGAACAUCAAAGCCAGAUGGUUCCAGUAUUUCUCUCAGCUACUCAAUGAGUCUAGGGGGCCAAAGAAGGAGGAUAAGCUUUUUCCUAACGUCCAAUGA